AUGACGUACAUCAAUUCGUUCAUUUUUUCAAUCAUUUUUUUCCUAAGUUAUCAUAGAUAUUUGAGUAAUAGUGUACAAUUACCUCACGUAUGUUACAUGUUUGGUGAUCGUCACUUAAUACCAUUCCCUAAACGGGCUGCUGGAAAUCAUGGGCAAUACCAUUGCCAGCAAGAAGGGGAGCAAAUCCUGAUAUCUAAUAAAUAUGUUCGUGGAACAAUCAACGUUAGCAAGAUUCCAUCCUGGAAUGAGCAUUUUCGAUUCGAAUUCUAUGCUGGAACUGGAGAAAUAAUUUGCUCCGUCACUUCACAAAACUGUCAUUGUGGCGACUUAACUAAGCGUAUUCUUAUUAUUCGUUCACUCACAUCAAUCGAUAUUUAUUAUCGAUAUUUGCCAACCCACGAUCUUCGAAUUGCAAUAACGAUAUAUAACAUCGGUGAAGGCAAGGUUGUUCAUGAUAUUCAGAUCAUGCAACAUCGUUCUUUGAUACGCCGUUCUUCUGGUUUAUGCGUGGCAUUUAAUCAAACUUGUCAUCUAGAAAGCAAUAUACGUGGUAGUCGAUCACGAGCUUCUACAGCUACAGUAGCGGCAUAUGUGUGCUCUAUGUUUCUGAAGGAAGCAUACAAUAAGAUCAAGGAACUUGCUAUUCCUGUUUCACAAAACUAUGUGAGCCAUGCUAAAGUCGCUUGUAUCAAGGACCUAAAUAUGCACCAUAAUAAAAAAUUCGCUAAGAGUUUGAUCAUUCUUUUACUUCGCGAUGGUCUUUACAGAAAGACGAUGAACAAUAACCUAUGCAAAAAACAAACCUUACAGAUAUUACAAGCUAUCGAGCAAGCCACUGUACUUGCAAAUCAACAAGCAAUGACUCUUAUCACAAAUACUACAACGUAUCUGAACUGA